AUGAUUACUAGUUUUUCCUCUUCCCUUGAUCCCAAAGUUAAAUUGAAGGCUAAGGAAGGAACACCCUUGUCUGAUCCUACUUUUUACACACAGUUGGUUGGGAAGUUAAACAUCCUCACCAACACUAGACUAGAUAUAGCCUACGGAGUAGAACACUCGAGCCAAUAUAUGCAAGAUCCUAUAGAGCCUCACCUUCAGGCUGCCUAUCACAUGCUUAGAUACUUGCUCAAGGAUCCUACUUUGGGACUCUUCAUGUCCAAUGAUGCUGACUUCUCAGUCCAAGCCUAUUGUGAUUCUGAUUGGGCUGCCUGCCAUGAUUCUAGGAAAUCAGUGUCAGGUUAUAUUGUUCUAUUGGACAAUAGUCCCAUUAGAUAG